AUGUUUAACCCUAUACUGGGCGUAAACUUCAGGUAUUCCCAUCUCUCCUUGAAUGUCACGAAAAACUUCCAUCUCGUCACGGCCCUCCAAAGCCCAUGCGUCUUUCAGGACAAUGGAAAGCGGCGGAGGAAGGAGGUCGAGUUCAGGGAUGGGUGA